AUUGGAUACUUGAUGAGGACUCACACACACAACCUCCCUCCCAUCCUUGCAUACAAGAAAUGGCCACCUGGCUCCUCCACAUAAACAGUGACUACAAGCCUCUCAGGCAACUAUGGGUACCCCAUUUCAUCAACUGCAACCCACGCGUCACAUCUAUAGUUGGCUGGACAAUCAAGAGCGCAUGUACUACAGCAGCAAACUACAAGACAAUCCGCGCCUUUCUUGAGCUGUUUGAGUAGACAAGAAUCAAACUAGGCAUACAGUAUGAAGAUAUGUGGAAUAUGGAUGAGACUGGGUGCGCACUAGGGGUAUGUACAAACACCCAGGUGCUUGCAA